AUGUAUCAUACGUUUCAGGCCGGGUCGACCUCAGGCGCGCCAGAGGGCGAGGGUGGCAAAGCAACACGACCAGUCGGCGGAUCGAGACGUAUAUCAACUAGUAACGCGUGCGUGGAGUGUCGGAGACGGAAGAUACGAUGCGAUGGAACCCAGCCAUGUGGCCAGUGUCAGUGGUAUCAGCAUCCAGAACUAUGCGCCUACUCGAAACCUGCGCAACGAGUUGUGCCUUCCAGAAAGAUUGUAGACAAACUUCAAUCUCAGGUCGACCAGUAUCACUCGGUCUUCGCUCGGCUAUUCCCAGGCAAACAACUUGAGGACUUCCUCUCGCUGCCUCGGGAGGGUCUCAUAAACCUCGCCGUGACACUGCCAGCAUCCAACCCAUCUGUUGGGAAUACACCGGAGCCUCUGGGGAACAUAGCGGAGAUUGUGCAGAGGUCUGAUGGAGCAGAAAGUCUCGAAGCACUCGAACAGGCCCCGGAACAGGAUCCUGAGAACGAUGAAGUGAAACGACUGAGGGACAAGAUCCAAGGCAUCUCGGACGAUGUUAAUGGCCUUUCGAUCUCGAUUGACAAGGCAUCGACCUAUGUUGGCAUAUCUUCGAUCAACGCCGCCAUGAAAGUGAUCUUCAGAACAGCACCAAUUGCUCGUCCCUUCAUCUCAAACCGCUCGGCAGAGACCACGGAACCAAGUCGAGCAAAUACACCGCCACCCUAUGUACGCGAUCCGGACCCGAACUAUCUGCCUCCUGCAGAUGUGGGCGAGAAGCUCAUCGACUUCUACUUCGCACACAUACAUGUCUUGAUGCCGAUGAUUGACGAAGAUCAAUUCAGGCACAGCUAUCUCUACGGCACGAGAACAGACCCCCCCUGGCUCGCUCUCUUGAACAUGGUCCUCGCGCUGGGAUCACUUGCGAGCUCAACUUGCGAUAACGAGGACCAUAUAGCUUUCUACCAGCGAGCCCGGAAGCACAUUGAUGCCGAGAGCUUUGGCAGCGGCAGCCUGUUCGUACUUCAGGCCCUCAGUCUGCUCAGCGGGUACUACCUGCACUACUUGAACAGACCAAACGAAGCGAAUGGCAUCAUGGGCGCAACACUUAGGAUGGCCACGGCGCAUGGUCUGCACAGAGAGUACAGCGAAUCGCACCGGAAUAGCCCUCCCGGUGGUACAGUGAUCAUGAGCGGGCUUGAAGUGCCUGUUGAGAUCAGGAGGCGAACCUGGUGGAGCCUGUACUGUUUAGAUUCGUGGGCAAGCAUCACCACUGGUCGACCAUCUCUCGGACGUACUGGUUCAGGAAUCACGAUUCAGAGCCCACGAGUGCCAGAGCAGAUGAACAAUGCGCAGUAUCUGGCUUCACUACGGCUGUUACCCAUCAUACAUAACAUCGGGUUCUGUAAGAUCGCGACAAAGGUUCAGGAUCUUCUGGCGGCGCACUCGAUGAUCGGGUAUGACGACCUCUUCGUCUUGGACUCAGAACUCGAAAAGUGGCACGAUGACCUGCCGCCAAUUCUGAGGGACGUCGUUGAUCGGCCCGCACGCACGCAAAGGACGAGCUCGAUAAGCGGCAACUACAAACACAUAUCGCCAAAGCCUCCCACUUCUUCCGCAUCGAACAAGAAUCCGUUCGACUUCUCACAGCCACCGGAGCGGGACAAAACAGCAUGUCCUGAGGUGUUGAAAACACCCCGAGCAAUCAUGCACUGGAGAUAUCAGAACCUUCGAAUACUGAUGCAUAGACCUCUCUUGUUGGCCACGGCGCUGAGACGAACGCCAUACGCCAACAUGUCCACAGAGGAAAAGCUUGCCGUCGGGCGGUGCAGAAUCGUGGCAGGACAAGCAAUAGCUGAUAUCGAUGCGACCUGCCAGGAAGAUCUCAUCGCUGGGUGGAACGCUGUCUGGCUCAUGUACCAGGCGGUCAUGGUGCCGUUGGUAUCGCUGUUCUCUGUACUGGCACUACCUCCAGCCACGGCGAAUUCGGAAAGUCCUUCGCUCACACCAGGAGGGAGCGACGCAUCGGCUAUUAUCCCUGGAAGCGAUGAAGACACCGCAAAGUGGAAACACGAGAUUGAGCGGAGCAUCCAGUUCUUCGAUCGCAUGCAGCACUUCUCAGUAGCUGCAAGGAAGAGCCGAGACGUGGUGCAGCGGCUCUACGAUGCAACGAAAUAUGUCAGCGAGCACCACGCACAGCUCCAUCAACAACAGCAAGACAUGCUCAGGCGCCGACACUCGGCAGCGCACCCACAACCUCUUAACACAGAUACCAUGGGCGCAUACGAAGCAGUAGCCGAUCCCAAUCACAUGGCUCUGAACGCACCUGACAUGGUCCAAAAUUAUGCCUUCAUGCCGGCUCGAGCUUGGAACAUGAGUCCGAACGCAGAAGCUGCGAUGAACGAGUUCUGGGACGAUAUGAUGUGGGAUACACUCCCGACUGAUCUGCCUGACACGAGUAACUUUGUCGAGAAUAUGGAGGGCGGUGAGUGGUGGCAGCAGCCGACACAAGACUGGUCUCAUUGGAACGGUAACAACGUGUGA